AUCUUUCCUAUAGUUAUUCGGCAACGAGAACCAGUUUAUCGGAAAACGAGACCAAACGAGACUUAGAAACCGCAUGUUUUAGCCUGAGCAAGACGAACAUUCGGGAAGAAUUUGUGACCAUUUCUUGAAAAUCGUAGUCUCCAGGUUUCAACAUGCUGUCCCUGAAUCCUGUACAGAUCCUCAGUGCUGGGGCAGAGGAAGAAAAAUCAGAAACAGCUCGUCUGUCUUCAUUUGUUGGAGCCAUUGCUAUUGGUGACCUGGUGAAGAGCACCCUGGGUCCCAAGGGUAUGGACAAGAUCUUACAGGGUUCCAACUCAGUGGAAGUCACAAAUGAUGGAGCGACCAUCCUUAGAAGUAUUGGUGUUGACAACCCAGCAGCCAAGGUUCUUGUAGAUAUUUCCAAGGUUCAGGAUGAUGAGGUUGGAGAUGGAACCACAUCGGUUGUAGUGCUGGCGUGUGAACUGCUCAGGGAAGCUGAAGGGCUGGUCAGUCAGAAGAUCCACCCACAGACUAUCAUUGCUGGCUGGAGGAAGGCUGUGGACGAGGCCAGGGAUGCACUCAAGAAAGUGGCCAGGGAUCAUGGCAAAGAUCCUGCCAAGUUCCGAGCAGACCUGAUGAACAUUGCCAGAACCACACUGAGCUCCAAGAUCCUCACACAACACAAAGACUACUUCUCCAACCUAGCAGUAGAUGCUGUUCUCCGAUUAAAGGGAAGUGGCAAUCUCGAUGCUAUCCAGAUCAUAAAGAAGCUCGGUGGUCAACUCCAAGACUCCUACCUAGAAGAAGGGUUUUUGCUUGACAAGAAAAUAGGUGUAAAUCAGCCAAAGAGAAUUGAGAAUGCCAAGAUCCUGAUUGCAAACACACCUAUGGAUACAGACAAGAUCAAGGUGUUUGGAACAAGAGUGCGUGUUGAUGCUGUGUCAAAGGUGGCAGAUUUGGAGAUAGCAGAGAAGGAGAAGAUGAAGGAGAAAGUCAACAGAAUUGUCAGCUCAGGCUGCAAUGUCUUCAUCAACAGACAACUUAUCUACAACUACCCAGAGCAGUUGUUUGCUGAUGUUGGAGUCAUGGCCAUCGAGCACGCCGACUUCGAGGGUGUAGAGAGACUGGGCCUUGUCACAGGUGGUGAGAUCUUCUCCACAUUUGACAACCCUAACCCUGAAAAGCUUGGUAGAUGUGAUCUUAUUGAGGAAGUCAUGAUUGGUGAAGAUAAGCUCUUGAAGUUCUCAGGCGUGAAGCUGGGUGAGGCAUGUUCCAUCGUACUCCGAGGAGCAACACAACAGAUUCUGGCUGAGGCAGAACGCUCCCUCCAUGAUGCCCUCUGUGUGCUGUCUCAGACUGUGAAGGAAACACGUACAGUGUUUGGAGGAGGAAGCUCCGAGAUGCUGAUGGCUGAUGCAGUGAACAAGCUGGCUGCCAAGACCCCAGGCAAAGAGGCAGUGGCAAUGGAAGCCUUCGCCAAGGCACUCAGGAUGCUGCCCACAACCAUAGCUGAUAAUGCAGGUUACGACAGUGCCGACCUUAUCGCCAAACUGAGAGCAGUCCAUACAGAAGGGAAGCACACAUACGGCCUCAAUAUGGACCAAGGUAAAAUUGAUGACAUGGAGAAGAACGGAAUCACCGAGUCGUUCCAGGUGAAGCGGCAGGUGUUGUUGAGUGCAGCUGAAGCUGCUGAGAUGAUUCUACGAGUAGACAACAUCAUCAAGGCUGCUCCCAGGAGGCGGGACCCAGAUGACCGGUGUCAUUAACUGACGUGGAUAUUAUCACAUCUGUGACAUUAUUUCACUGUGUCUCUCAUGUCUCAUUGUUAUGAGCUUCAUGGUGAAUGGGCUAAGAGUGGAUACUGAAGAAUCAGAAUUAACACUUCAGUGCUGCACCAGUGUCAAAACUGGAUCGUCUCUAUGAGGAAACGACACUGUGAUACACCUGUUCACCUGAGAUGGACACCACUACCUAGAAGCCCAGAUUGUAUGGAAAGUGCUAUUUGUCUGCUUUAUCAUGUGCUAUAUAAAUUAUGAUCUGUCAUCAGUUUUCAUAUUCUGUGUAAUAAACGAAAUACACCUAUAACAAA